CCUGUCUAGUCCUGUGCCACUUUUGCGUUCAGAUCAUAGAAUCCGGGUUACAUAAUUGAUCACGGGUGCACAGGCGUAUUCCCUUGAGGCAAUUUGGAAUUCCCCGGGCGCGAAGCUGGAGGCGCGCCCCGUCGGAAUCUCUCCGGCUUCUCCGAGCUCAAAGCUGUACCUAUCGGGCAAAGAACCUACCGUCUGUGUCGGGAACCGUCCGUUGCGCCCUGCCCGGACUAGACUUCACUCCUUGCUUGACGUUGGGGUGGUACUCGCGCGAUCGAUGAAUCAGCUGUUCGAGACACUUUUCACAAUCCCCGUGGGACCCUCCCUGCGCAUCGAUAUCACUUUUUCGCGGUGUAUGACACAUACCGCUGGACGGAAGCCCGCUUUCUCGGGCACUCCCGUGCGCGGGUUCUUUCGAACUCUACUCUGUUACUCAACCAAAUGCUCAAACUCUGUGUGGGUUUCGACAAUGAUGUGGGUGCGUUGACGGCGACUUCCUAUCGUCGCGGGGACGUCAGAGCCAUUUUGACCACGAGACCCAUCCCUGGGCAGGCUCCGAUGUAUUUCGGGCGGCGGAUCGCAGUCGGAUGCGCGAGCCAUGACGUUGGCUCUUGUCUUGUUGCUUUUCACAGUCCGUUUUUUCGCAAUGCCCGGAAAUGGACGGCGGAAGCAUCGAGCUUGUUGGCCUGCUUUCGGGUUAAAUCAGGUUGCGUUUUACCUUCUCUGGAAUCCCGACCUCAGAGGAAGAUGUCCUCUCUAUAAAGUUGGUGGAUGAGUGCAUCGCAAAUGUCCAGCGAGCGCCCCCAAUGCUUCAUUUGUCAUUCACCCAGGUCUUGUGCUCGAUAUCGUGCACUGGCUUGGUCGGUGACGCGUAUUUUGCCCAAGGACUCCAGCUCAUCUUUCCUCCAGGCAUGCCAUUUGCUGUUCAAUCGUCUGGAGCCUCGGAGUCUGGCCUCCAUCUGCUCACUUUUGAUCAUACCGCCUGCAAUCCUGGUUUGGCCGCUUUGCGGCCAUGUCAGCGGUCCAUUACAGGCAAUACUCUGGAGCCUCGGCAUAUAUUGCUCUUCGCUUGUGACGUCGGUUCUAGUGUAUCGGCUCUCGCCAUUCCAUCCGCUGGCCGGAUAUCCGGGCCCGCUUCUCUGCAAAAUCUCAAAGAUCUGGUUCGCUGCAGUGGCGAUGAAGGGAAAGCAGCACAUAUAUUAUUAUGAGUUGCACCAGAAGUACGGAGAUGUCGUUCGCAUCGGACCAAACGAGCUGUCGUUUCGAGAUGUCGAUGCUGUGGUGCCGAUGAUGGGCAGCAAAGACGGAAUGCCUAAAGGGCCGUGGUGGGACGGACGUGCACCAGAAAACCGAGAGGUCCGACCGCUGCUGGCAUUGCGCGAUCCCGAGGAGCACGCUCGCAGGCGCCGGGCGUGGAACCGAGCAUUCAGCACCCAGAUGCUCAAGGAAUACGGAACGAUGAUCGAGUGCCGGGUUGGGCAGAUCGUUGACAUCUUUGCGGCCAGGACGGGAACAUCGGUAGAUUUGUCCAAAUGGUUCGGCUGGUUCACCUACGAUGUCAUGAACGACGUGAUGUUCAGCACUGGCGGCGACGCGAUGGAAUCGGAGGACCGAGAAAACAUCUCGGAAGUCGUGGUCAAUGCCCAACCCAUGGCAUUGCUGAUGAGCCAGCUGCCAUGGAUCGGUGAAUUCUACUUGUGGAUUCCUGGGCUUGGUCCCGGACUCCGAAAAUUCCGGAGAUAUGCUGCGCACCGAGUCGCCGAACGCAAGGCCCACGGGUCUUCUCAGAAAGACGUCUUCUAUCAUCUGAUCGACGAAGCUGGUUUAGAGCCUACGUCCCCAUCCACUGCCCAAGUGCAGGCCGAUGGUGGGCUCGCCAUUAUCGCUGGUGCGGAAACGACGUCAACGACCCUGUGCAACAUCGUAUGGCUUCUGCUCCGAAAUCCGUCCACGUUUUCUCGACUCCGCGAAGAAGUCGACGACCCGAAAUGGAACGCCGGGAGCAUGGCUUCCCAGGCUCGCAUGCCAUACUUGAAUGCCGUGAUAAACGAGGCGCUUCGGCUUUAUCCAGCCGUCCUGAGUGGGAGCCAACGUGCGCCUCUGAUUGGCAGCGGUGGUCAGGCAAUUGGCUCGCACUUCAUUCCCGAGGGGACCAGCGCCGUCGUCCACACAUAUUCUCUCCACCACGACCCCAGAUACUUUUCACCCUUCUGUGACUCAUUCAUCCCCGAAAGAUGGCUGUCAACGGAGGAGCAGCUGAAGUUCGAGCCCGCGAUAUUCAGCCAGAAUGAGGUCAUUCACAACCACGCCGCUUUCAUCCCCUUUUCCGUCGGGCCAUCGAACUGUGUCGGCCGCAACUUGGCCUAUCAGGAAAUGAGAAUGCUGCUUUGUGCCCUGAUCAGCAAAUUCGACAUGGAAUUCGCACAGGACUUUGAUCCAAACUCGUGGGAACGAGAUAUGCUUGACUACUUCGUCGUACAGCGCGGUAGUCUACCGGUCGUUUUCACACAGCGACAUUCUCGCUGAAUAGCUUGGUAAAAGGUCUAAUGAAAUGGAGGUCAAAAAUAUCUUGCCUCCGAGGAAUUGCUCAUGGGUGUAAUCUAGUCGGAGACUCUGAGUAAUCACUCUUAAUUGAACUUUUACCAAAUACGGAUCAACAACGCAUUUGGGAUCGGGGCUUGAAAAACUGUGCUCGCC